AAAGAGGGAAAUAGUAAUAAACAAAGCCUUUUCUUUUCCAUUUCCAUGGUGUUUUGAGCUCAAGAAAGUUGCUAAAACUUUUGAAUUUGAAUCUGGAAAUUAAACUAAAAGUGGUAACUAAGAAGAAAAAAAUUAAAGAAUGGGUCUUGGAGGAACACUGGAAUACAUUUCUGAUAUGAUGAGCAGCAGCCAUGGCCACAAACACAAGAAGAAGAAGAAGCAGUUGCAGACUGUGGAGCUCAAAGUCAGAAUGGACUGCGAUGGGUGUGAACUCAAAGUCAAGAAAGCUUUGUCUUCUUUAAGCGGAGUGAAAACAGUAGAUAUAAACAGGAAGCAGCAGAAGGUGACGGUAACAGGCUACGUAGAGGCAAACAAGGUGUUAAAGAAGGCAAAGUCCACCGGGAAGAAGGCGGAGAUAUGGCCGUAUGUGCCGUAUAACUUGGUGGCUCAGCCGUACGCCGCUCAGGCUUACGACAAGAAGGCGCCGCCGGGGUAUGUGAGAAGGGUCGACAACCCAACCACCGGGACCGCCGCCAGGUUCGACGACCCCUACGUCACCAUCUUCAGCGACGAAAAUCCUAAUGCCUGCUCCGUCAUGUAAUCCCAACAAAUUUUCAAAACCCCUCCACUCCUGGAGAUUGUGUUAUACUCAUCAAAUUUAGUCCAAUCUGGUCAAUACUUUACCCUUUAAUUGAGCCAGUUUGGUGCGAAUGAGGGUUAGUGAGUAUAAUACAGACUUAAAGUGUCUCAUACAGUUACGGUCCAUGGUUGGUAACUUGUAAGUUAAUUUUGAUAUGUAUAAUAUAGUUAUAUAAUUUAUUUUGAUGUGUAAUGUUUGUUGCAUGAGGUAUGUACUAUGUAGUGUAUAGUAUGUUUAAUAGUUUGGUUUGAUGUGAGGUAAUGAUUGAUGAGACUAAUUCCAAACUUGC